AUGCCCUGCGCGUCGAUGCGCCGUGGCCGGGCGGCGGCAGUCCUGCCCCCGGGGCGUGCUGUCGUCGUCCACGCAGGGACGCGGGAUGGGAGCGGCGCGGGCCGUCGGGCCCUGUGCCUCAGGUCGUUGGGCCCAAAACGUGGGACGAGAGCGGUGCAGUGCGACUACAAGUCAACCAAGGCAUCCCACAUUGUUGUCGGGACGCGAGGCUCGGAGCUGGCGCGGAGGCAAGCCCAGGAGGUCGUGAACGCACUGAAGAAGGUCGAGCGAGAUCUUGGCGCCGAGUUGCUCGCGCUCUCGACGCGGGGCGACCGGCACAAGGACGUGAAGAGCAUGGCAUCGCUGGGCCAAGGCGCCUUCACGGAGGACAUCGACGAGGCGCUGCUCUCCGGGGAGUGCGACAUCGCGGUGCACUCGAUGAAGGACUAUCCCCUGGACGGAGCGGCGGGUGUCGAGAUCGUUGCCUGCCUGCCGCGCGCCGACCCCACCGACGCGCUCGUCCUGCCGUCGGGCAGCGCUCCAGUGCAGCACCUGCGCGAGCUGCCGCCUGGGACGCGCGUGGGCACCAGCAGCGACCGCCGGCGCCACCAGCUGCUCUGGGCCAACCCUGCUGUCGAAGUCGUCCCAGCGAGGGGCUCGAUUCAGAAACGCCUGGAGAUGCUGGAGAGUGGCGAGACUGAUGCACUCAUCGUGGCCUCCGCGGCGCUACACAGGCUGGGACUCACCCUUGAGGCAUACAAGUUGCCGGUGCGGGAAAUGAUUCCGGGCGGGGGGCAGGGAGCGAUCGGCAUUGCGAUACGCGCGGACGACGACCGCAUGCGCGAGCUCGUCGCGCGGAUCGACCAUGCAGCAACACGCAUCGCCGUCAUCGCUGAGCGGGCGUUCCUGUCGCCCGUGUACAGGCCGCUGACCGGCAUGGGCUUCGCUGCGCACGCGCGGGUCACUGACAGCGGCAAGGUGCGGCUGAUCGGUGCGGUGGGCGACUCGGGGGCGGUGGGGAUGUACACGACGGAGGCCAGCGGACCGGCGACGGAGGAGGGCGCAGUCGCCGCGGGGGAGGAGGCGGCCGAACAGCUCACGGAGCUGCUGCACGGAUUCCUCGACACCAUGGAACAGGACUACCCAGAUUUCAGCUGA